AUGACGCCAUCCUUCUAUCGCCAAAGAUCACCUAACCCCAUGCUAACUCAAACCGAUACGUUUUGGAGUACCUUGGCAACCGCCACUAAUAUUGGCAAGUACAUUAGUUCUUUGGCCAUUAGAUGUUUCUUUACUAAUUAUGACGCGAAUAUAGCCCAGCGUAAGUUUUUGGUGCUGGACUUAGAAGGUGUUUUGUUCUAUUCAACCAUUGAGCGACCAGAGAAGCGGUAUGACUUCUUUGUGCAGUAUAUGGAUGGGGGCCAGCGCUGCACUCAUUUUGUUACUUUGCGACCGAUGAUUCGGGAAUUCUUUGCUAGUGUUUCUGAAUGGUAUGAAGUGGUGUUGUAUACAACCAUGGAGAAAGUGGUGGCAGUUGAAAUGGCCAUGCGUUUGGAAGAGGAAGUGCCUGGCUGCCACUUUAGUCGUAUGUUGUACCGGCAAGAUUGUGACUAUAUCAACGGAAAGUACUUGAAGGAUUUAAAGAAAGUAUCAAGUGAUAUGUCUUCGGUAGUUAUGCUAGAUUGUGAAUACGAGCCCUAUAACAACAAACUGCCUAUUGAUCCGUUUAACGGUGAGAUUAAAGACCGAAGUCUUCUCUCUAGUAUGAUUAUUCUGGACUGCUUACGGUACUGCAGUGAUGUUCGGAGUAUUCUUGAAUUAGCCCAUCUCUAA